AUGGAUACCCCCCUUCCCAAGGGCUCCCAGCGGCAGAUCCUGACCCCCGUCACUGCCACUGGUCAACCAUCCCAACCACCCGACACUGACACCGCCAUUAUCACCGCUGUCUGUGCCAUGGUGGAACCGCAGGAGAAGCAGUCUUCACCUGUCACUUCUGGCAGGACCGACGAUCAGCAGAACUCAUUGCCAUACGAUACACUGAGCCAGAGGCCCGAUCAGCAAGGGAUUGACCAUGACCACCCGCAGACACAUCAGAGUUCCCCCAGACCCGCCGCUGCCGAUGGUCGAAAAGACUUCUAG